AUGGCUCAUCAUCUCCCUCAUCAUCCCCUCUUCACCACUCGUCUCGAGUUUCUUCCCACCGAUGAGCGUGUGUCCCUGUCGUACAAACGGGCGAGACUUCUCAUGCAAACCUACAAUCUAUCGGCUUCUGAUGUUCAAGUCUGUUCUCCAAAGUAUUGGGCCAUGAUGACAGACCCUAUCAUGUCUCUGGAUACUGCCAUGUUUACCAUACUGGCGGCUCACGUCGGUCUUACCAUUGGAACACUUUCCCGGCAUCUUCACAGACGGCCAGACCUCCGCCCUCUGGUCAACCGUCUGUUGCGUUUUGACACUGUUGGUAUCUAUCUCCUCACUGAGAGGGGUCAUGGUCUGGAUGCAUUCAACAUCGAGACAACAGCAACGAAGACCCCUGAGGGCUUCAUUAUUAAUACACCUCGCGAGGAGGCAUGCAAAUUCAUGCCUGCUUCCACCCCAUCCUUCGGCAUUCCGAAGGUCGCUUUGGUCAUGGCUAGGCUCAUGGUCGACGGCGAAGACCGUGGUCCGCGAUUCUUCAUCGUGCCCGUCUGCAACGAGCACGAAAUGUUCGAAGGUGUCGAGUCGAUCAGACUUGGUGCUCGUCCCGGAACUUGCCCUCUCGAUUUCUCUAUAACCAGUUUCAAACAAGUCCAUGUCCCAUUCAGUGCACUCGUGUCGUCAAACAUCUAUGACCAUUCCCUGCCAGCCUCACCUCUGGAGAAGUGGUGGGAUGAAGUAUGGCGCAUCCCUCUCGGAACUCUAGCUGUUACGGGGCCCUGGAUAUCUUCCAUCAAGGCAGCUGCGUUCAUUGCCGGUCGCUAUUCUAUGCAUCGGUCUCUCGUGGGGAAAGGGACUGAUCCCAUACCCAUUAUCACAUUCAGGACUCAACAGUGGCCCAUCGCUCAGGCAACUGCCGUCGGCCUCGUUAUGAGCAAUUGGUUUCCAAUUGUGGCCAAGAAUAAUGGUGACAAAUUUCUGGAUCAUCGUGUUAGACAUGGCAUCGCAGUCAUCAUUAAAACCACUGUCUGUCGACACUUCCAGCGCUGCGUGCCCGAGGUUGCUGAAAGAUGCGGUGCGCAAGGCACCUUCGAGCACAAUUAUAUGGCUCGCAUUGAGAAUGACGGGAAAGGCGUGAUCAUCGCUGAGGGCGAUAUUCUCACUUUAUGUAUACGCCUAUUCUCCGAGCUCCUCCUCCAGCGGUACAAGAUACCUCUUCCAGACCCAAGCGAGUCGCUUCUCGCUCGGCACGCAACUUCUAUAUUAGAGGAGAAUAUCAGCCUUCUUGGCAGCUUGCGCGGGGGGCACCGUAGCGAGUCAUUCAACUCUCUCAUUCUCCCUCAGGCGGAGCUUGCGGUUGAAGCCAUGGGUCACGCGCUUGCUUAUUCCGCCGGUUUGAAAUCUGGUCUUCCGAAGCCAAUCCUUGAUGUGUACGAAUGUGCCGUCAUCCGCCGCGAUCCAGCCUGGUAUUCCGAGAAUGCUGGGUUAACCCGAAUUCUGCAACGCAUUCGUGAAGAUGAGGCUGUUACAUCUACCCUUCCCCAUCUCGAUACUUACCUCAACGAUUUGGCUAUUGAGGAGUACGUCUCUGCGCCUAUCGUUUCUGAUGAGGCGUGGAAGGAGUACCACAAUGCGAUGCCCGUUUUCACUGGUAACGCUAUUCCCAUCCAUGACCAGGUACAGGCCAUGUUAUAG